UUCAACGAGAUACAUCGAGAGUACGCGUCAGCGUGAAAAUCGUACAGGAACUGAAACGAAACAUAAACCACCGGCUGUGUUGUCAUCAAUAUUACAAUAUGGGUGCCUUUGAUUUUCUUGACGAUGUGCGACGCAUGAAUGCUCGACAGCUCUACUAUCAAGUUCUGAACUUUGGUAUGAUUGUCUCAUCCGCGCUGAUGAUAUGGAAAGGUCUGAUGGUUGUAACUGGAAGUGAAAGUCCCAUUGUUGUAGUGCUUAGUGGUAGCAUGGAGCCUGCAUUCCACCGUGGUGAUCUAUUGCUGCUUACCAACCACAGAGAGGAGCCAAUCCGAGUUGGUGAAAUAGUGGUGUUCAAAAUUGAAGGAAGGGAUAUUCCAAUUGUACACAGAGUCUUGAAAGUUCAUGAAAAGGAGGAUGGAACAGUCAGGUUCCUGACCAAGGGAGAUAAUAACUCUGUUGAUGACAGAGGUUUAUAUGCCAAAGGUCAAUUGUGGCUGGAGAAAAAAGAUGUUGUUGGUAGAGCUAAAGCGUUUUUGCCGUAUGCUGGAAUUGUGACCAUCCUUAUGAAUGAUUAUCCUAAGUUUAAGUACGCAAUUUUGGCAUUUUUGGGAAUCUUUGUGUUGACUCAUCGAGAAUAACUCCAACUGUAUUUUUUAAGUAUGCAUGAUGAAGAUUGCGUGUGCCUGUGCAUCAUAUAAACAUUUUAUUUUCUGGGUAACCAACUCAGUACAUUUAUCAAAAUGCUUAAGUGCUACUUUACACUGCAGUAUGUAUUACUUGAAUAAGUAGAACAGAUGUAUGAUUAACUCUUUUACUAGUGAUGUAUCAAUUUUAAAACUUUUGUUUCUUUAAAAACUGCCUAGGAAUGUGAUUAUAUUUUGUUGAACAGCUGUUUAGUACCAACCUACAUUGUUCUGGACAAGUAUAGGGUAGCAUUGCUUCACCUAAUUUUUGCAGUCUUUUUGUUUACAACCUGUAUAGUUAUCUUUAAAGUAUUAGUUUUGUUUGUCCCACCUCAUAAUUUUUUUCUUGCUUUGCUGUUUAAUUUCUAUAUUGCAUGAGGUUUUCAAUGUAAGUGUUUGCAUCUGUACCUCACACUUAAGAAAAUAACUGCUGACAAACCAUCAGAAAGUUCAGUUAUGUUACCACAUAUUCAUGUAUUAGUUUGUAGCUUAUGCUAAAAAAUUUAAGCAGCACUGUAUACAUUUCUGUUGGCACCUAGAUUUUUACAGUUGUUACAUUUAAUAUAUUACAUAUAUCUUGAUGAGAUGUAUGUGUAAUUUAUGAAUUUGAGAAUGAUUUGAUUGUGUGAGUGGCUGUGUUUUAUUGGAAGAUUUUCUUCCUAUUUUUAAAACUUUCUUACUUUUGGUGUAAGGUGCAAGCUAUGACAUUUAAAAUGGAAUAAGUAAUCAAAGUAAUUUUUUUUUUUACUGUUGUAACUUAUUUUCUUGAAUUCAUUGGAGACUUUUCUGUGAAAUUUCUUAUGGUCACUAGUCAGUGUUUUGACUUCUGUGGUUUAGUGUCUUGUAUGGCCCAUUGACUGUUGAGACAGUUUCAAAAAAGUAGAUUUUUGACCUCUAGAUCUGGCCGUAGCCAGAUGUAUUCCAUAAAAAUUUACUGUUUCUAAAUUUAACCAUGCUCUUGUAUGUAACAUGUUUCAUUUAUAAAUAUAUUUGAGAAAUAAAAUCAUUUGUUGACCA